UGCUCUCCUCCCUCAGAUAGCUUUCACACUCACACACAUCCCUGCUGUUAUUACUCUCUAUACCCCCCCUCUCUCUCCAUCGCUCUACACUUCCUGCCCUUGAGAGCAGCCCCGGAAUCCUCCCUCUGUCCGAGAGGGAAGCAAGGCAGUCUGUUCCCUCCCUCUUUUUCUCUCCUCCUCUCUGCCUCGCUCUCCCUCUCUCGUUCUCUCCAUCGCUCUCUCGCUCUCUUUCGCUGUCUGUAGCUCUGCUGACAUUUCCUCUCCACCCUCUCUCUUUCCCUCUCUCUGACACACACACACUCCCCGUCAGGCUGCCAUGCUGGUGCUGUGGAGUGUGUAUUCAGCCUCUUGACUGCCUAGCUGCUUGUGUGUCUGUCUGUCUGUCUGUGUGGCUCAGCUAGUCUCCUGUGGGUUUGCCAAAGCAGAGCCUCACAGCGCAUCCUGUAGCAACAUGUUUCGACGCACGAAAAGUUGCCGGACCAGUAACCGGAAGAGCCUCAUUCUAACCAGUACAUCACCCACUCUCCCUCGACCACACUCACCUCUCCCUGGACACAUAGGAAGUAGUCCAUUGGACAGCCCAAGGAACUUCUCCCCCAGUGGCCCUGCCCACUUCUCAUUUGCCUCCUCUAGAAGGGCGGAUGGUCGAAGAUGGUCCCUGGCCUCUCUCCCCUCCUCUGGUUAUGGCACCAACACACCCAGCUCAACGUCCUCCUCCUCGUCACAGGAGCGGCUGCACCAGCUGCCCUUCCAGCCCACCAUGGAUGAGCUGCACUUCCUGUCCAAGCACUUCGGCAGCACCGAGAGCAUCACCGACGACGACGGGGGCCGCCGCUCGCCACACGUGCGCCCCCGCUCCCGCAGCCUCAGCCCGGGGCGCUCACCGUCUUGCUAUGACAACGAGAUAGUAAUGAUGAACCAUGUCUACAAGGAGCGCUUCCCCAAGGCUACAGCCCAGAUGGAGGAGCGUCUGUCAGAGUUCAUCCAGAACUUCUCCCCGGAGAGCGUGCUGCCGCUGGCUGACGGGGUCCUCAGCUUCAUCCACCACCAGAUAGCAGAGCUGUCCAGAGACUGCCUGACCAAAUCACAGGACGGACUCAUCACAACGGUGUAUUUCUUUGAGCUGCAGGAGAAUCUGGAGAAGAUGCUCAACGACGCCUAUGAGCGUUCUGAGAGCUCUGAGUUGACCUUCGUCACUGAGCUGGUCAAAAAGCUCUUCAUCAUCAUAUCUCGUCCCGCCCGGCUUCUGGAAUGUCUGGAGUUCAACCCAGAGGAGUUCUAUCACCUGCUGGAGGCAGCGGAGGACCACGCCAAGGAGGGACACCUGAUGAAGACGGACAUCCCUCGCUACAUCAUCAGCCAGCUGGGUCUGACCCGGGACCCUCUGGAGGACAUUGUGAGCAUGGACAACUACUAUGACAGUGAAGGUCCCCACACCCCAGAGCCAGACGAUUCUGCAGAGGGGAAGAUGAAAGCCAUGAAGCCGCCAAGUGAAGAAGACUUUCAAACCAUCAAGCUGAUCAGCAACGGAGCAUAUGGUGCGGUGUACCUGGUACGUCACAGGGAGACUCGUCAGCGUUUUGCCAUGAAGAAGAUCAACAAGCAGAACCUGAUCUUGAGGAACCAGAUCCAGCAGGCCUUCGUAGAGAGAGACAUCCUGACCUUCGCUGAGAACCCCUUCGUGGUCUCCAUGUUCUGCUCCUUCGAGACUCGCAGGCACCUCUGCAUGGUCAUGGAGUAUGUUGAAGGGGGAGACUGUGCCACUCUGCUAAAGAACAUCGGGGCGCUGCCCGUGGAACUCACCAAAAUGUACUUUGCAGAGACCGUGCUGGCACUGGAGUACCUACACAACUAUGGCAUCGUGCACCGAGACCUCAAGCCUGACAAUCUUCUGAUCACCUCUAUGGGCCACAUCAAGCUGACCGACUUUGGCCUGUCUAAGAUGGGUCUGAUGAGCCUCACCACCAACCUGUACGAGGGACACAUCGAGAAGGACGCACGCGAGUUCCUGGACAAACAGGUGUGUGGCACCCCAGAGUACAUAGCCCCGGAGGUGAUCCUAAGACAGGGCUACGGGAAGCCGGUGGACUGGUGGGCCAUGGGCAUCAUCCUCUAUGAGUUCUUAGUGGGCUGUGUGCCCUUCUUUGGAGACACGCCUGAGGAGCUCUUUGGACAGGUCAUCACAGAUGACAUAGUGUGGCCUGAUGGAGAUGAGGUCCUGCCUGCUGAUGCCCAGGGACUGAUAUCAACCCUGUUACAGACCAAUCCACUGAUGAGGCUGGGUACAGGGGGAGCGUUUGAGGUGAAGCAGCAUUCGUUCUUCUCUGACCUGGACUGGAACAGUCUACUGAGACAGAAGGCAGAGUUCAUACCUCACCUGGAGUCAGAAGAGGACACCAGCUACUUCGACACCCGUUCAGAUCGUUAUCACCACAUCAAUGCGUACGAUGAGGAUGACACCAACGAUGAUGAUGAGCCUGUUGAGAUCAGACAGUUCUCCUCCUGCUCCCCUCGCUUCAGCAAGGUGUACAGCAGCAUGGAGCACCUGUCCCAGUUGGAGCAGAAGGCCCCCUCAGUGACUCGACGGGAACACAAGGGCUCCCGGGAGGACAACAAGGGGAAGAGAGAGAGUCUGGGAAGCUUCCCUAUCAGGGACAAGAGCUGGAGGACCGGUUCACCUGAGAUGAAGCGUCUGUCUGGUUCUGAGUCCCUCUACAUGGACGGUGACUCCAGCCCUCCCCUCGGGGCCCGGCGCCGUUUCUCCGCCCUCAUGGACACGCAUCGCUUCGCCUCACAGCAGGAGGACAACCCAGACCCCCUGACACGCCAGCCCCCUGUCAAGGCCAGGGGGACUUCACUGGAGGUGGCCUCCGUUCCCUCCACACCCCCCUCCACCCCCAGCACCACCCCUGACCCAAAGGAGGAACAUGUAGGAGAGAAACCACCAAGCCCAGGCAAGUCUCUGGGAGCCACGCCCACUCCAUCCACUACUCCUGGACCUACAUCAGCCAAUAGGGAGCUGGGGGCAGGACCUGUGUAUGACCCCCUGGGCCCCCGGGCCACGAAUGACCUGGUCCUCCGCAGGGCGAGACACCAGCAGAUGUCUGGAGACACAGGGGAGAAGAGGAACUCACGGCCUGGCAACAAGGUUAUCAAGUCAGCCUCGGCCACAGCCCUAUCUGUCAUCAUACCUGCAGUAGACCAGUAUGUCCACAGUCACAGCUCCCCCUUGGCCAGCCCCAUGUCCCCCCGCUCCCUGUCUUCCAACCCCUCCUCCCGGGACUCGUCACCCAGCCGUGACUACUGUCCGGCCCCUGCCGUCAGCGUGCUGCGCUCUCCCAUCACCAUCCACCGCUCAGGGAAGAAGUACGGAUUUACCCUCAGGGCUAUACGGGUCUACAUGGGAGAUACGGAUGUUUACAGUGUCCAUCACAUCAUCUGGCACGUGGAGGAUGGAGGCCCCGCCCAGGAAGCAGGACUGUGUGCUGGUGACCUCAUCACCCAUGUGAAUGGAGAGUCUGUCCACGGAUUGGUCCACACGGAAGUGGUGGAACUCAUUCUAAAGAGUGGCAACAAGGUGACAGUGACCACCACACCGUUUGAGAACACCUCCAUCAAGGUGGGUCCGGCACGCAAGUCCAACUACAAGUGCAAGAUGGCCCGACGCAAUAAGAGGCCCAUCGGCAAAGAGGGACAAGAGAGUAAGAAGCAUAGCUCCCUGUUCAGGAAGAUCACUAAACAGUCUAACCUGCUCCACACCAGCCGCAGCCUGUCCUCUCUGAACCGCUCUCUGUCGUCCAGUGACAGUCUACCAGGUUCUCCCUCCCACAACCUGUCAGCCCGUUCCCCUACACAGCAGGGAUACAGGUCCACACCUGAGUCCUCCUACCUGGGUGUGUCCUCUCAGAGCAGCUCUCCUGCCUCCAGCACCCCCAACUCCCCUGCCGCCUCCCAGCACAUGCGCCCCAGCUCCCUGCACGGCCUCUCCCCCAAGCUCCACCGCCAGUACCGCUCGGCCCGCUGCAAGUCCGCCGGCAACAUCCCCCUCUCCCCCUUAGCCCACACACCAUCCCCCACCCAGUCCUCCCCUCCCCCACUCCCGGGCCACACCAUCGGUAGCUCCAACACCACCCAGACCUUCCCUGCCGGGGCAAAGCUCCACUCAUCACCACCCGUGGUCCGCCCCAGGCCCAAGUCCGCCGAGCCGCCCCGUUCCCCACUCCUCAAGAGGGUCCAGUCGGCAGAGAAGCUCACCUCGCCGCUGUCUCAUUCCCAGUCGUCAAGUGGUGGGGUGGGAGGGCCUCUGAGGAAACACAGCCUGGAGGUCCAGCACUCUGACUUGUACCGCAAGGACCAGUUCCACUGUUGCGAGUUGGGGCUCCAGAGUUUGUUGGAGACGGAAGGGGAGAAUCUACCACCUCUGAACCCCCCACUGCUGCCCUCCGCCCCAGGCUCCCAGGGUUCAUCUACAGGGGCAACUACCACGACACCAGAGACGGGGGUGCUCAAGCCGAUGAGGAAGUUAGGGAGGCAAGAGUCGCCGCUGAGUAGGGAUACACUGCUGGCUGGGAGGGAGAGGGAAAGAGAGAGAGAGAGGAAGAGAGAGAGAGAAAGAUCGAGGGAGAGGGUGGGAGAGAUCAUUAUGGCUUAUAGCAACAGGACAACAACCGUCCCAGAGAGGUCACCUAACCGAGGAGGAGGAGCCACAACAGAUAAUCACCAAUCAUUAGUUAGAAAACCCUCAACCAGUGAGCAUACCUUUAGCCCUCAGAGUAGCCCCACCUACAGAGCCCAAUCCAGCCAAUCGCCAAAUCUGGAUUCCAUCAAAACUACAAGUCCCAUUACUCCCACUGGGUCACCAGGUAUCUUUAGGGGCCACCCAGAAGGAGCAGAGAAGAGCCAGCGUCAGACAAACAUGUCUAUCAAGCAACAGAGCCUCCGAACGGCCGUGAGUACAAGCCCUCUCAGCCAAGACUCCCAGGAGAAUUACGGAGAGGACAGAACGGAACCAAAGCUAAAUGGAGACACCAAGGUGUGUCCUCCUCCCAGGCCCAGCAUGCCCUGUGGGGGCCCUCUAGGGAGAGGCACUAGUCCAGACAGAGGCAUGGGUAUGGGUGGAUCAUCAAUAACGUCAGGGUCUACAGGUAUGUUCAAGGCUAGUAGUAAACCAUCAGGAAUAGUAGGAGAGAGCCUGAGAAAGAAUGGAGCCGAGAACAAUGGCUCUCCAAGAACUUCAGAACUGGGGUUGAGAAGCCCCAAAAGCCCCAAACCUCCAGCCAGGGCCCUGGCUCCAGCUGUCCCACCCCACGGACAACCCCUCUCCCUGGGCAAGGUGAGGCAGGGCCUGGGGCCUGUCAACUGCUACCGAGGGACCCUGGACUGGGAGGAUAAAUGUCGGCUGGAGGUAGUGGAAGAACACUCUCCAUCCCCUUCCCCCUCCCCCACAGGCGUCACCCCCUCGCUUUGCGCACCCUCCUUCUGUCCAGGCAGGUCCAGGCCUGUUUCCCCCGGCGACAAGACCAGCUUUGUCACCCAGCUGACCAGUGCCGCUAAAUUAGUCCUGGGGCCUAUAAAGGGGUCAAUGGUGUCCCAGUCCCAGGAGGGGCCCAAGGGGAAGGAGCUGAAAGACAUGCCCAAGCCGGGUGAGGAGAAGCAAGGUGCCUCGGCAGGAAAGUCUGAGGCUUCGUCCGGACUCGGAGUCCGGAUGGUUGGCGGUGGCACCACAGUGGCCCAAAGUCCAGCUAACUCUGUUCCUCAGUCUGAUAAGGCGAACACAGGUAGCCACCCCCACAAAUUGUAACCCUUCUAUCUGAAAGGAGUUUAGAGAGGAGGGCAUUGAGAAAUGAGAUGCCUUUUCAGAUUUCUAGAACAAUUCCACAAUGUCAAGCAAUGUCAAGCUUAAGACGACAUUCCAGUUCUAGAAAAGCAUAUCAACAUGGUAUUGACUUAUCUGUAACCAUGAGUGAGCAGAACUAUUGUAAAGGUGCUGUUACGGCCAUUUUCUAUUAUACAGUUAGUAUAUAUUAAGACAACGCUCCACUUUAUGAACUAUUAGAUAUCUAUAACAGAUCUGUAUGUAUGUAUGUGAAAUGAAUGCAUGUCAUGUGGUACAUUUUGUGUGUUUCUAGAAUAAAAAGGAGUGAAAAGUGCUUUACUGAUCAAAACAUGCUGAAUACUGUGAAACACCAAAUCCAGUUACUUACUCGUUUUUUCUAUCUCGACUAAACGACCAGUCACUUCUGUUUCUGUAAUUCACUCAAAUAAACGUAAUCACAAGCAGAGGGUAUGCUGAGGCACAAUCUAGUCAUUACAACCUUGACAGCAACAACAACAAAACACAAAAUCCAAUCGGCCACUGUAGAUUUGUCUUCGGAAAGUAAAUGACAAAAUUACUACUGUAAAAGACAAUGACGCAGCCACUAGAUUUUAUCUUUAGAAAGACACUCGACUGAGCCACACAGGACCAAUGACUACUGUAGUUUUCUGUUACUACUGUAAGGCCGCCCAUGACAAAGAAUUAUGGUCCAACACUACACUCACUGAAGUCCUCAGUUGAUUAGCAUAGCCAGAUUAGCAUAGCAUGCUGUCAGUGAAUGUCUGUAAGUGAAGGAUGAAGUGAAACAACCUUGAGUUAGUUCUGGGUGAAUCUUGAAGGCUAUGGCACAUUUGUGUGCCAUGGAUUGCGUCCGAAAUGGCAUCCUAUUCCCUAUAAAGUGGACUACUUUUGAUCAGAGCCCCUGUGGUAGUGCACUAUAUAGGGAAUAGGGUGCAUUUGGUGCCUUGGUAAAGAAGAGUAAAGCUCCUCUGACAGUUCUGAAGCUCAGAGCGCUUAUCUCUACAGAACAGGACUACUACUGCAGCCCACACACACACACACACACACACUGGUGUAAGCGGAGUUGAUAUUCAUGGAUUUAAAUCCCAUACCCCUGUGGUGGAUGAUUUGGGCUGUGUGCGUGUGUGCGUGCCCCAAUGUGUGUGUGUCAGUUCAGGGAUGGGUUCAGUAAGCCAGAAACUAUAUAGAAAUUAACAGAAUCCAAACUUGAAUAACAUUGAUAAACUAGAAUAAUUGUAUUUUGUUGUGAAUAAAAUGAUCUGUUACUUGAUCCUGACUGCACAGCUACGGUAAGGAGAUUACUGUAAAUAUCUGUAAAGACUAUGGCUCUACUAUUCGUACGUUCUAAUUGUCACUCAUCAUGUUUUGUUUUGAACCAAAAAGGUGAAGAAGAAAAAGCAGGUGUAAAUGGAUGUAGCAUAUUUAAUAGAUGUAAAAUGCAUAUUAAGGGCUUUAUGGAUGGAUAAGGUUUUUCAUUCUUUGAUGUCAAAUGUUCACUUGCUGUUGCUGUUAUCGUUUAUCCAUCUGUUUUUCUAUUAACCUUAUUUUCAUAUUGGAUUCCUUCCCAAUUCUGGUGUCAGGUAUCUGAGAGUUUAACUGUCUGUUUCUUGCCAACUCUGUAUGGAGUUGUCAUGUCAAACAAUGGCAAUGGAGUAGGCAAAAUCACAAACAGAUCUGGGACCAGGCUAGUAGUCUGUGUUGUGAAAUAAUAAUAUGACUAUGUUUCACUCACCACAGUUGGAUUCACUGUAAGUUGAGCACUACAACUGUAUGUGUGUUAAGAUAAUACACUGUGCAUUAUUUCAAUGGUGAAAUUAUGAUGAUCUCUCUCUCUCUCUCUCUCUCUCUCUCUCUCAUGUAUCUUCUCUAUCAAACAUGUAACACCCAUAAUCUUUAUGCGAAUGAUUGGCAAAUGUUUGUUAGUGGGUGAAGAAUAUCAGAUGUUGGAAUUAGUCUGGUAGAAUAUGCAAGCUUUUAUGUACUACAUUACUUGGCUACUUUUCAGACGACUUUCUGACUGCAGCCUAUAACUUGGAUCAUACCGCCCCCUUAUGGUGUGUGUAUAUAUACAGUACCAGUCAAAUGUUUGGACACACCUACACGUUCCAGGGUUUUUCUUUAUUUUUACUAUUUACUACAUUGUAGAAUAAUAGU